CGCGCCCGCAGCCGCUGGCAGCGCCCCCGGCCCGGGCCGCCGGCACCAUGUAACCCGGCCGGAGCCCGCGCCGCGCCGCGCCGGGCCAGGAGCCAGUGGUCCUAAGUUUUCUGAAGUUAGGAUUCUGCCUGUUGGUGGAGAUCCUGACACCAAGGAUGGGACACUCCGGAUGGAGCUUCCUGGGGCCUGGCCCCCAGCAUCAUGAAGAGCCUUUGCAGAGGCCAUGAGGGGUUACCAUGGCGACCGAGGCAGCCAUCCCCGCCCAGCCCGCUUUGCUGACCAGCAGCAUAUGGACGUGGGUCCAGCUGUCAGGACCCCGUACCUGCUGGGCUCCGGGGAGGCCUUCUCCACCGAGCCCCGCUUCUGUGCCCCAAGAGCUGGCCUGGGACACCUUUCUCCUGAAGGGCCCUUGAGCCUGAGUGAGGGGCCAUCUGUCGGCCCUGAGGGAGGGCCAGGGGGUGUUGGAGUUGGGGGGGGUAGCAGCACCUUCCCCAGGAUGUACCCCGGCCAGGGCCCCUUCGACACCUGUGAAGACUGUGUGGGUCACCCACAGGGUAAGGGAGCCCCUCGACUGCCUCCUACACUCCUGGACCAGUUUGAAAAGCAGUUGCCAGUCCAACAAGAUGGCUUCCACACACUCCCAUACCAGCGUGGUCCAGCAGGGCCCGGGCCCGGGCCAGGGCCAGGGCCUGGCACUGCCCCAGAGCCCCGAAGCGAGAGCCCCAGCCGCAUCCGGCACCUGGUUCACUCUGUGCAGAAGCUCUUUGCCAAGUCCCACUCUCUGGAGGCCCCAGGGAAGCGGGACUAUAAUGGGCCCAAGGCAGAGGGAAGAGGGAGCUCUGGGGGAGACAGCUAUGUGGGCCCAAGCUCUGGAGGCCCCCACACUUCCCACCAUCACCAUCACCACCACCAUCAUCACCACCACCAAUCCCGGCACAGCAAGAGGAGCAAAAGCAAGGACCGCAAGGGAGACGGGCGGCACCAGACCAAGGCCGCGGGCUGGUGGAGCUCAGAUGACAACUUGGACAGUGACAGUGGCUUCCUGGCGGGUGGGCGCCCCCCUGGGGAUCCUGGGGGUCCCUUCUGCCUCGAGGCUCCUGAUGGGUCCUACCGGGACUUGAGCUUCAAGGGGCGCUCAAGCGGGUCAGAAGGCCGCUGUCUUGCCUGCACGGGCAUGUCCAUGUCGCUGGAUGGCCAGUCGGUCAAGCGGAGUGCCUGGCAUACCAUGAUGGUCAGCCAGGGCCGGGAUGGAUAUCCAGGGCCUGGGCCCAGCAAGGGGCUCCUGGGUCCAGAGGCCAAGGCCAAAGCCAGGACUUACCACUAUCUGCAGGUGCCACAGGAUGACUGGGGGGGUUACCCCACCGGGGGCAAGGAUGGGGAGAUCCCUUGCCGCAGGAUGCGGAGUGGCAGCUACAUCAAAGCCAUGGGGGAUGAGGAGAGCGGAGACUCAGAUGGCAGCCCCAAGACAUCCCCCAAAGCAAUCGCCCGACGCUUCACCUCCCGCCGCUCCUCCAGUGUGGACCAGGCCCGGAUCAACUGCUGCGUCCCACCCCGGAUCCAUCCCCGGAGCUCCAUCCAUGGCUACAGCCGCUCCCUUACCACUGGACAGCUGAGCGAUGAGCUGAGCCAGCAGCUGGAGGCCGUGUGCGGGUCGGUGUUUGGGGAACUCGAGUCCCAGGCGGUGGACGCCCUGGACCUGCCCGGCUGUUUCCGCAUGCGGAGCCACAGCUACCUCCGGGCCAUCCAGGCCGGCUGCUCUCAAGACGACGACUGCCUGCCCCUGCUUGCUGCCCCUGCCUCUGUCUCAGGGAGGCCCGGCUCCUCCUUCAAUUUCCGAAAGGCCCCGCCCCCCAUCCCGCCGGGAAGCCAGGCCCCGCCCCGCAUCUCCAUCACCGCCCAGAGCAGCACCGACUCGGCCCACGAGAGCUUCACUGCUGCCGACGGGCCAGCGCGGCGCUGCACCUCUGCCGACGGACUGGACGGCCCCGCCAUGGGCGCCCGCACCCUGGAACUGGCGCCGGUCCCGCCUCGAGCUAGCCCCAAGCCCCCCACACUCAUCAUCAAGACCAUUCCUGGCAGGGAGGAACUGCGGAGCCUGGCGCGCCAGCGCAAGUGGCGGCCGUCCAUUGGGGUGCAGGUGGAGACGAUCUCAGACUCGGACACUGAGAACAGGAGUCGGAGAGAGUUCCACUCCAUCGGUGUGCAAGUGGAGGAUGAUAAGAGGCGGGCGAGGUUUAAGCGGUCCAACAGUGUGACAGCCGGCGUACAGGCAGACCUGGAGCUGGAGGGCCUGGCCGGCCUGGCCACAGUGGCCACAGAAGACAAGGCCCUGCAGUUUGGACGCUCCUUCCAGAGGCACGCCUCUGAGCCCCAGCCCGGACCCCGGGCCCCCACCUACUCAGUCUUCCGUACGGUCCACACACAGGGCCAGUGGGCCUACCGCGAGGGCUACCCACUGCCGUAUGAGCCGCCGGCCAGCAAUGGGUCGUCCGGCCCUGCCCCUGCCCCCACCCCAGGCCCGGGCUCCGGCCGCCGGGACUCCUGGAUGGAGCGCGGCUCCCGCAGCCUCCCUGACUCAGGCCGCACAUCCCCUUGCCCCCGGGAUGGCGAGUGGUUCAUCAAGAUGCUGAGGGCUGAGGUGGAGAAGCUGGAGCAUUGGUGCCAGCAGAUGGAGCGUGAGGCGGAGGACUAUGAGCUGCCUGAGGAGAUCCUUGAGAAGAUUCGCAGUGCCGUGGGUAGCACCCAACUUCUCCUGUCCCAGAAGGUCCAGCAGUUCUUCCGGCUGUGUCAGCAAAGCAUGGACCCCACUGCGUUCCCUGUGCCCACCUUCCAGGACCUGGCAGGUUUCUGGGACCUCCUGCAGCUCUCCAUCGAGGAUGUGACCCUUAAGUUCCUGGAGCUACAGCAACUCAAGGCCAACAGCUGGAAACUCCUGGAGCCGAAGGAGGAGAAGAAGGUGCCUCCGCCGAUACCAAAGAAGCCCUCGCGGGGCCGGGGCGUGCCGGUGAAGGAGCGCUCCCUGGACUCGGUGGACCGGCAGCGGCAGGAGGCCCGCAAGCGGCUUCUGGCAGCCAAGCGCGCCGCCUCGUUCCGCCACAGCUCGGCCACGGAGAGCGCCGACAGCAUCGAGAUCUACAUCCCCGAGGCCCAGACCAGGCUGUGAGCGGGCGGGCGAGCGAUCGGAUGGCAUCGGAUCGCCCGGCCCGGGGCCCGGCCCGCGGUUCUCUUUCUACCCGUACUGUACACCCAGCGUCGAGGUCACUGUGAACGCGGGCCGCCCCGUGCGCCCGCCCGCCCGCCCGCCGCCGCUCCUCCGGCCCGCACACCCGCGCGGGGUUUUUACCGCCCUGACACCCGCGCCAAGGCGCCCGGGGCCGGGCUGGGGGCCGUGCCUCUGCGCCCCGCGCCCCCCACUCGGACCCCGACUCCCGCCUGGUCCGACGCUUCGUCCCCACCUUCUCCCCCACUCACCCCUGGGCCAUCUCUGCCAUCCAUCACUCCCCCUCUGCCACCACCACCACCACCACCACCAUCACCACACCACGGGCCAGGCCGGGCCGGGUCCCCCAUCUGGGCUCUGCGUACCCCCCACCCCGCGGGGCUGGGCUUCGUGGGGGAUUAAGCUUCGUGGCUUUUUAUGAAGAAUCCCGAACCCCCGCCUCGGAGUCCGCCCCCCAACCCUUCCUCCCAGGGGUUCCACCCUCACUCAGCCCUUGGCCCACCGGGCCCAGGGACCACAGUGGCUGGACCAACCCAGGAUCAGGGCCCCUGGGCCUCUCUCCCUUCUUCCAGCUGCUGGGGAGGGGAGAUGGGGGCUGCCCUCACCACUCCUGUGGCUGUUCCUACACACACACACACACACAUCCCCUUGAGUAUCCCAGGAAAAAUAAAACGGCAGAACUGCA